AUGGCAGAAACCAAUAUUUCAGUGACUCAGGAUCAGUUCACAUGUUCAAUCUGUCUGGAUCUACUGAAGGAUCCAGUGACUAUUAACUGUGGACACAGUUUUUGUAUGAGCUGUAUUACAGACUGCUGGAAUCAGGAGGAUCAGAAGAGAGUUUAUAGCUGCCCUCAGUGCAGACAGACCUUCACUCCAAGACCUGCUUUAGGAAAGAACGUGGUGCUUGCUGAGACAUUGGAGAAGCUAAAGACCACAGAGGUGUGUAGAGGACCUGGAGAUGCGGAGUGUGACGUUUGCAUUGGGAGGAAACGCAAAGCUGUCAAAUCUUGCCUGGUGUGUCUGGAAUCCUACUGUCAAACUCAUUUCGAGUGUCAUGAGGUUUUUAGCUCCAGUAAGAGGCAUAAAGUGACCGAUGCCACUGGACGACUUCAGAAGAUGAUCUACUCUCAACACGACAGACUGCUGGAGGUUUUCUGUCAAACUGAUCAGAAAUGUGUUUGUUUGCUGUGUACGAUGGACGAGCACAAAAACCAUGACACUGUACCAGCUGCAGCAGAGAGAGCAGACAAAGAGAAGCAGAAUGCAGAGAUGCACCGCAAAUCACAGACGAGAAUCCAAGAGAAACAAAAGGAGGUUCAGGAGCUAAGAGAGGCUGUGGAUGCUCACGAGCGCUCUGCACAGACAGCAGUGGAGGACACUGAGAGGAUCUUUACUGAACUGAUCCGCUCCAUUGAGAGAAGACGCUCUGAGGUGAUACAGCUGAUCAGAGAUCAGGAAAAGACUGCAGUGAGUCGAGCUGAAGGACUCUUGAAGGAACGGGAGCAGGAGAUCGAUGAUCUGAGGAGGAGACAUGAUGAGAUGGAGCAGCUUUCACACACAGAACAUCACAUCUGUUUCCUCCAGAGUUUCCAAUCAUUCUCUGUACCCCCUGAAUCACCUUACACCAGCACUUCCAGUUCUGUCCUCUCUUUUGAUGAGAUGGAAAAAUCUGUCUCUCUUCUACGAGAGAAAUUUGAGGAUUUUUAUAAAGAGAUAAAGAUGUCUACCAGAGUGAAGUCAUUCAGAAUAAUUCUCUCUGCUGAACCAAACACCAGGGACGAGUUCUUACAGUAUUUUCAUCUUUAUACUCUGGAUUCAGACGCAGUGCAUAAACAUCUCUGUCUGUCUGAUGGAAACACAGUGGCUACCUGUACUGACACAGUCCAGCAGUAUCCCGAUCAUUCAGACAGAUUUGACUGCUGGCCUCAAGUGUUGUGUAGAGAGAGUGUGUGUGGAUGCUGUUACUGGGAGGUUGAAUGGAGUGGGAGUGCAGGGGUGGGUAUAGCAAUGUCAUACAAGGACAUCAGCAGAAAGGGAAGAGGCCAAGAGUGUAAAUUUGGAUAUUAUGAUCAUUCCUGGAGAUUGUUCUGUUCUCCCUCUGGAUACAUAUUCAGUCACAAUAACAAAAAUACUAAUGUCCCUGUAGCCUCAAGUUCUUCUAGAAUAGGAGUGUAUGUGGAUCACAGUGCAGGAAUUCUGUCCUUCUACAGCGUCGCUGACACAAUGACCCUCAUCCACAGAGUCCACACCACAUUCACUCAACCUCUCUAUCCUGGGUUUGGGAUAAAUAAGGACUCAACAGUGAAACUGUGUUAUGUACCAACAUAG